AUGCCGUAUCCCACCCGGGGCCACAUCAGCCCGAUGAUGAACUUCUGCAAGCAGCUGGUUUCCCGGUCCCAACGUAUUCUCGUCACCUUCGUCCUCACCGAAGAGUGGAGCGGCUUCAUCGACUCAGAGCCAAGGCCCCACAACAUCCGCUUGGGCACACUUCCCAACGUCAUACCUUCAGCGCACGGUCGUGCCAACGACUAUCCUGGCUUCAUGGAGGCUGUCUCGACGAAACUGGAAGCUCCUUUCGAGCGGCAUUUGGAUUGGCUUGAGCAGUCGUUGAGCGCCAUCAUAGCUGAUAAUUAUGUGGUUUGGGAAGUUGGGGUAGGGAAUCGAAGGACUAUUCCGGUGGCUUUGCUGUGGGAUCAGUCGGCUUCAGUAUUUUCGGUGCUUUAUCAUUUUGAGCUGCUCGUACAAAAUGGCCAUUUUCCUCUGGAACUAUCGGGUGCGUAA